ACAUGGACAUGUUGCCGAAAGGACAAUCCGAAUUAAACGAUUACAGGAUUCCGACCUUGGUUUUCAGCUAAUUGUGGAUCGACGAAAAGACAGGUGGACUUCAGUAAAGACAGUUUUACAGAAAAUAUCGGCUUACUUUCCGGGUAUUCUUAAUGCUGUAUAUGUUCUUCGGCCUUCUGGCUUGUUUCAAAAGGCUUUAUCUGAAGUAAGCAGCAAGUUUUCAAAACAGGAUUAUAAAUUUCGGCUUGUAGUUUGCUCUACACUUUCUGAUUUAUACGAAUUAAUCGAUAUCAAUGAAUUAACGCCAGACAUGGGUGGUGCAUUAAUCUACUCCCAUCACGAAUGGAUACAACAAAGAAUGGCAUUAGAAAAGUUCUCCAGCUUAACGCACAAGGUCUCCGGAGAAUUAGAUUUAUUUUUACAAGCCUUACACGAUAUAGAACCUCCAAAUUCUGUGGAAACUACGAGAAAGCUGUUAGAUAGUCGAUCCAUCGAGUAUGAUCGGCUGAAGAUGGAAAUACUUACGGCAGCUAAACACGGAGAAACACUUCUUAAUAAUAUUAAAUCUAUUGAAGAAUACAGAGAAUUCUCUGAGCGCACCGGUAAUAUAAGCGCCAUUGAAAGACUUCUCGUCCAACUAGAGGAAACAGAAAGACGUUUUGACGAUUAUUGGCAGGCACACUGGGAUUCUCUGGAGAAAUGUUUGCAUCUACGGAUGUUCGAGCGAGAUUUCCAUGAAAUACAGAACAUAUUUGACGAACAUAUUAAGUUAAUAUCUGAGAUGACAGAGAUUGGAGAGAGUACCGAACGUGCUUUGGAACUUUUAGAAACAACAAAUGGUCUUUAUAAAGUUUUUCAAGAUGACACACAGAGGACAAAUAAAGUGUUACUGCUGGGACAAACUCUAAUUAAAUCACAAGAAACUUACCCUUGGAUAGUUGUUCAACCAAUGUGCGACGAAUUAAUUCGUGUUCGCGACCUAAUCGAAUUGCGUCUUAGCAAAAGGUUAGAUACUUUAGGGAAGAAUAAUGAAUUAAUGGAAAGAGUGGAGAGCGCUAACCAGUGGUGUGCCAAUGGUGUAGAGCUUUUAGCAUCCCAAAAUAUGGAAAAGAGCUCAGCAUCUACGGAUCUGGCCGAGCUGCUGGAUUUCAUUGCUUCUGCAUCAGACUUUAAAUUAUCAAGCCCAAGUGAAUUCAAACAAAUUUUUUUAGAAAGCACAACACCAGAAACUAAGGCUUUAGUAUUACAGGUACUACAGCGAAUUGACGAUGUAUCUUUAAUGUGCGAUAAGCGUAUAGCCAGCCUCAAGAAGUUAGCAUUGAAGCCACCGCGACCUGUGCAGCAGGUUACCCCGGAACCGGCUGUACCUCUGCAACCCCUCGGAGGCGCUCCUUUUUUUUUGCGCCUUAGGCCAAUUAAGACUAGCUGUACACAUGAUCUCAGACCAAUGAGUAAAGAAGGGUUUUCUGAAUUGAUUGCCUCGACAGAAAACGCCGAACAAAGUCAGAAUCAAGAGGACCUCGAAUCGUUGCGUCUAAAGCGGGGUCACGUGCUGACAGAGCUUUUGGAGACGGAGCGAAUCUAUGUAAAUGAAAUGAGUUCGAUCUUGCAGGGUUACUAUGAUCGAAUGAAAUCCGAGGAGUUUACCCAUCUCACGCCCUCAAGUCUACAGGGAAAAGAAGAUAUAUUGUUUGGCAAUCUACAUGAGCUCUUUACUUUCCACAAUCAAAUUUUUCUUAAAGAUCUCGAAAACUGUAUUUCGACUACUGAGCUCGUCGCACUUUGUUUUGUUCAAAGGCGUGACACAUUCUAUCGCUUAUACUCAUUCUAUUGUCAAAACAUCCCACGUUCUGAGCGGUUCCGUGAAACGCUUGUAGAUACACACUUUUUUUUUCAAGAGUGUCAAAAAAGACUUGGUCAUAAGCUACCGCUAGCUGCGUAUUUACUAAAACCAGUUCAAAGGAUUACAAAAUACCAGUUGCUUUUGAAGGACUUGCUUCGCUUUAGCGAUAGUGGGAACUGCACCAAGGAGCUUCAAAGGGCGCUUGACUGUAUGUUAAUCGUUUUAAAAUGUGUCAACGACUCAAUGCAUCAAGUAGCGAUAACAGGAUUUCCGGCUGAUAUAGCUGAGCAGGGUGAACUUUUGAUGCAGGACUCAUUCCAAGUCUGGUCAGAAUCUAAAAAGGAUAUUCGCCUCCGGAUUAAACCACAACAACGACAUAUAUUUCUGUAUCAGAAAUCUAUUCUAUUUUGUAAGCUAACAUCAAAACCAGGUCCCAACAAAAGCACAUACCAAUUUAAACAUCAUUUUAAGAUGUCACUUAUUGGGCUAACAGAGACUGUACCAAGUGAUACAAAACGUUUCGAAAUUUGGACUCAAGGGCGCCAGGAAGUACAUAUCCUACAAGCACCGACACAGGACGUAAAAAAACAAUGGGUUGCAGAAAUUAAACGUGUCUUACUCAACCAGCUGGAGGAGCUUAAAGGCGAGAAAAUAAAGCAAUACAGCUUAAAUCACCAGGGUCUUAGGCAGACCAUUUCUUCGGACACCACAAAUACUAUUCUAGACGCCCAAAACUGCGUUUUAAAAUCUGAGACUUCUGCAGAUACUACCAAAAGAAAUUCAAACUGCAGUAGCAAUGGUGUCGAGCCUGUUACCUCUAGUCAUAGCGUUCAUGAUCUCACAAAUAAAGAUCAGCAGGAAAAUUGUGGCUGGAGCUCUGACUGCUCAAAUAGCGAAGAUGAUUUUUCUUUUACCGAAGAAAAUAAGAGCCCUGGCAGUAAAUUUAUAGCCCUUGCAGAUUAUACAGCUAUGGGAAACUCGGAAGUCUCGUUGCAUGAAGGUGAUACUAUUGAACUACUGAAAGUGGGCUGUGCUGGAUGGUGGUAUGUUCGAGUCCUAGAUACAUGUGCUGAAGGUUGGGCUCCAGGAGCAUAUACACAAUCAAUCAACCGAAAAUCGUCACAGUAAUUGAAUCUUAAUUAGAAAAGAAUACAUUAAAAAGAAUGAAAUAUGUUACGUCAUUUUAGU